GAAAGUAACGUCUGGUUUGAGUGUCAGUGGUGGACUUUGAGGAAGUGUCGGAUAAUUUCGCUUUAUCGAUAUUUCAUCUGACGAGCAACGAUGGACAAGUUGCGACGAGUAUUAAGUGGUCGAGAGGAGAAUGAAGAAAUGGGACUAACAGCACAGGUCCUGGAUGGCUCAACACUCAGUUUCAGCACACGGCUGAAGUGGUUCAUCAUUUGUUUCGCAGCGGGAAUCCUGUGCUCAAUUCUUGGAACUGCACUCCUCUUCUUGCCUAAAGCUGGAAUUAAACUUUUUGCUGUAUUCUACACCCUCGGAAACAUUGCAGCACUUUCAAGCACCUGUUUCCUGAUGGGUCCAGUUAAACAGCUAAAGCGUAUGUUUGAGCCCACUAGGCUUAUUGCCACCAUUAUGAUGCUGCUUUUCCUCGUGUUGACAUUAUGUGCUGUGUUUUGGUGGAACAAAAGGGCUCUGGCGAUUAUCUUCUGCAUUUUGCAGUUCUUGGCCAUGACAUGGUACAGCAUUUCCUACAUUCCAUUUGCACGGGACGCUGUUAUCAAGUGCUUCACCACGUGUUUGAGCUAAAGAAUCCAGUAUUUCCAUCUGAAGACGGGUCCUUCAUAAUGAGAGUAAACAAAAAUCAAACAAGCAACAACUAAAAGGAAUUGUUUUUCUCUUAUUUUAGAACCUGCCACAUUUCUUCAUGACCUUUUCAAAAGCAUUUCAUAUUUUGUCCUAAUUUUAAGUGAAUACUGAGUAAAAUAUAAGGGUUAGUUCACCCAAAACUGAAAGUCGCUCAAUUUAACGCAGUGUUUCUCAACCACGUUCCUGGAGGACCACCAGCACUGCAUGUUUUGGAUGUCUCCUUUGUCUGUCACACCCAUUACAGGUCUUUCGCUCUCUGCUGAUGAUCUGAAUCAGGUGUGUUUGAUUAAGGAGACAGGGAAAAUGUGCAGAGCUGGUGGUCCUCCAGAAACGUGGUUGAGAAACACUGGUUUAAUGAACUUUCACUUUUCACAAAGCAGUUCGAGUUGCUUUUUUAUGUUGAACACAAAAGAAAGCUGGAAACCUGUAACCAAUAACUUCACAGUAUUUGGUUUUCCUACUAUGGAAGUCAAUGGUUACAGGGUUUUUAACAUUUUCACACCUUCUUUAGUGUUCAACAGUAGAAAGAAACUCUGAGUAACUGUGAGUAAAUAGUGAGAAAAUGUUAAUUUUAGGGUGAACUAUCCCUUUAAGAGUGAAUUUUUAUUAUUUGAAUAAAUUACAAGCCUUAUUUUGUUUUAUUUAAUGUUUUAUUUGCCGUUUGCGUAUGCUGUUUUCCUUUCAUUUCAUAAUCCGACACAUUUUUCAUCAUCAUGUUUAGUCAUAAUACACUACCUGACAAAAGAUUUGUUGUCAAUCCCAGUUGUAAGAUCAUCAAAUAAUAACUUGACUUCUAGUUGAUCAUUUGGAUCGAUCAGGUCGAUUUAUUUAUUUUUUUUGAUGAAUCAUCUGUUGAACUGCAUCCCAAUCAUCACAAAUACUGCAGAAGACCUAUUUCUACCCGCAUGGAUUCAAGAUUCUCACAGAAAUCAGUCAAGUUUGGUGAAGGAAAAAUCAUGGUUUGAGGUUACAUUUCAGUAUGGGGCGGUGCGAGAGAUCUGCAGAGUGCAUGGCGACAUCAACAGCCUGAGGUAUCAAGACAUUUGCUGCCCAUUACAUUACAAACCACAGGAGAGGGCAAAUUCUUCAGCAGGAUAGCGCUCCUUCUCAUACUUCAGCCUCCACAUCAAAGUUCCUGAAAGCAAAGAAGGUCAAGGUGCUCUAGGAUUGGCCAGCCCAGUCACCAGGCAUGAACAUUAUUGAGCAUGUCUGGGGUAAGAUGAAGGAGGAGGCAUUGAAGGUGAAUCCAAAUCUUGAUGAGCUCUGGGAGUCCUGCAAGAACGCUUUCUUUGCCAUUCCAGAUGACUUUAUUAAUCAGUGAUUUGAGUCAUUGCAGAGAUGUAUGGAUGCAGUCCUCCAAGCUCAUGAUGGAGUCAGACACAAUAUUCAUUCUGUUUCCACUGCAGCAUGACCACAUAUUCUAUACUGGACAUUAUUUCUGUUCAGUCACAAGACUUU